AUGGCUAUGUCUGGAUUUGAAGGGUUUGAGAAGAGGUUGGAGCUUCAUUUCUUCGGUGAUGACCCAGUGAUGAUGGACAAUAAUCUGGGCCUAAGACUUCUCGAUUUCGAGUCACUAGAACAAGUGUUAAAUGCUGUCCAAUGCACUGUGGUAUCGGCUGUGGCUAACCAAUAUUUUGAUGCCUACGUGUUAUCAGAAUCGAGCCUCUUUGUGUACCCCACCAAGAUCAUCAUCAAGACAUGUGGGACCACCCAGCUCCUCAAAUCUAUCCGUCCAUUAAUACACUAUGCUUGCAAUCUUGGCCUCACUUUAUGCUCUUGUAGGUACACAAGAGGCAGCUUUAUCUUCCCUAAAGCACAACCUUUCCCUCACACCAGCUUCAAAGAAGAAGUUCUCUACCUUGAAGACACCCUCCCGACCAAUCUUUGCUACAGAAAAGCCUCUGUCAUGCCUUCUAAAAUAACCACUCAUUCUUGGCAUGUCUUCACUGCUAGUGAUCAAUCUCACAUAAUCCCCAAUGAUCAUGAUAUUUAUACUAUCGAGGUGUGCAUGACUGAACUUGACCGGGCUUUAGCUCGUAAAUUCUUUCUACCUCCUGGUGAUGGCAGCAGAAGUGGUGACAUAGCUGGCAAAGAAAUGACAAAAGUUACUGGCAUAAGUGAUAUCAAUCCGAGGGCUAUGAUUUGUGAUUUUGCAUUCGACCCUUGUGGAUACUCCAUGAAUGGGAUUCAUAAUGAUCGCUACUCUACCAUUCAUGUCACCCCAGAAGAUGGCUUUAGCUAUGCAAGUUAUGAGUGUGUGGGCUCCAUCUUCGAUGAUGACAUCGAACAUUUUAUUGGGUCUUUGAGGAAGGCAGUCCAAGUUUUCCGGCCAGCUACCCUCUCGGUGUCGACUACUUGUGCAAGUCACGAGGUAUGGCCACGUGUCGCCCAUGCUCUCGAGCCACUUGGAUUGAAAUGCCGGAGUUGCGCUGCAGACGAGUUUCCAGCCGCAGGAAGCAUCGUGUUUCAAACGUUCACGGCCCGCCGGAAAUAG